UCUAAUCAUUUUAUACUGUUUAUCGAUUUAUUAGCAGCAGUUGUUACUGUUAGGCCUGACCGUACGUGUGGCCGCGCCUGAUGCUAUGGCUUGACAACUUUCAUGUUAAGAGCUAUCACGCAGAGCGUGCAUGGCCAGUUGGUUAACCGUAUCCACGUCAGAUUAGAGGAAUUUUGGAAGGCAACGGUCAUCAUGAUUGAUGCUCGUCGAAUUGCAGGAUGUUGUGGCAAAGUGACAACAGCCCCUCUUGACCGGGUCAAAAUUCUCCUACAAGCCCAUCAUCAAUAUUACAAUCAUCUUGGUGUAUGGUCCUCUCUUGCCAAAGUAGUAGAGCAUGAAGGAGUGCGGGGACUGUACCGUGGCAACGGUGCCAUGAUGGUGCGCACCUUUCCAUAUGGGGCGAUACAGUUUGUGACGUAUGACUGGUUCAAAAAGAAAACCAAACAGAAGUUGCUGUCAGGCUCCCUUGCAGGUGUGAUUGCAGUACUGUUCACAUAUCCACUUGACAUGGUCAGAGCAAGAUUAGCUUACCAAGUGCAGGGAGAGUGUUUAUACAGAGGCAUUUUGCACACUUGCCGGUCCAUAUGGCAUGAGGAGGGCCAACUUAGAGCACUAUACAGAGGAGUCGGUCCAACGCUAUUAGGAAUGGUGCCUUAUGCUGGUGCAGCUUUCUAUUCAUAUGAAAUGGGCAAGGCCUACGUCCUAGUCAAGGGGCCCCUCUACCUAUCCAAGCCAUCUCCGGCCAACCUCCAGGAAAGAGUGCUGACUGCACAGGCCAACCUUUUCAUCGGUGGAUUCGCCGGGGCAUUUGCUCAAACUAUUGUAUAUCCCCUGGAUGUUGGAAGGAGACUCAUGCAGCUAGGUGCCAUGGUACCCAAUGCCAAUCCGUCCAGUUCAUGCUUGGAGACCCUGGUCUUGGUUUACACCGAGCGUGGCACACAAGGACUCUUUCGGGGCGUUAGUAUCAAUUACUUGAGAGCUAUACCUGCAGCAGCCGUGUCGUUCACUCUGUAUGAACAUCUCAAACAGUAUCUUAAUAUCCAUUCAGACGAGAGGUGAUGAACAGCAUUGUUAUGACCCCCUCACGAGGAACGACACAGAAAUAUGCAGGGAUUUUCUGCGUCGUAACACAGAUUCUGUAGCAGUGCCACAUGAUGUCUGUGUUCACUCCAAGCUUGGUUGAUUCCUGCUGAGCUUGUGCGCGCGCCAUACAGAGGCUCAAACCUGUCUGCGGAGGUUUGAGCAUGUGUGGAGCCCUCCAGCAGCAGCGGACCACGGAUGGGUGUUACAGCAAAUGUCAUUUCAUGUCGUCACCUCCGAGUUCCAAGAAAGCGACGACACAGCAAGAAAUGUCACACAAAUCUUGAACAAAUUACCACCUUGGGUCCACAUUCGUGAAGUCCAACUUUGUAAAGGAAUGCGGUGGUUGGUAUCUUCUCGGUUUAAAAAGUCAGCAUUUUCUGCCCAAAAUAACGCUGUUCCUCGCGACAAGUGCGAUGUGGAAUAACAAAAUCGGUAACUGAUCAACCCUCCUGUACUUAGCCCAGUUCUUGACUGAAGACCCCUCUAUGUGCCCUGCAGAGAAAUACUGCAAAGGCUCGUGUCUCGGCAAAUCCUACCACUCCGAUUACUUGCCUUGUGUGGUAACUCUGUGGGUGAAAUUGGAGAGGGGCAAAACCUGAAGACAUGUUGACAGUUGAAAGAUUUGGAAGGUUAAGGAAGGCUAAGUAAUAAGUUAUUUCCCAGUCUUUAAAAGAAGUGACACAAAUGCUUAUUUUACACUCUACCUUUUUAUGCUCAUUUUAUGGAGUUAAAAUUUCCUUUACACGUUGGCAAAAUAAUGUCAGAGGGGUGUAAAACAUUUUAUCUGGAGGCGACAAAUCUGUGGAUGCUCAAAGUUAUUAGAGGGGCUCAACAGACUGGUUGGGAAAGUUUCAGGCUGGAAGGUAUUUGAAAAGGGGUACCAAAGCCAGUGACCUGAACCUACAGGCUGGCUUUCUUGCCGAAGAUACCUAACUUAUUUAAUUCUUGUGAUUUUGAUAAUUGAUAUUUUAUAUAUUUUUCUAAGAUUCACUGGAAUCCACAGAAUCUGUGUUAAGUGGGAACACGAUUGGCCAUAGAGGCACAUAAUUGAGCCUCCACGAAGGGAGUUUUUUAAUAUUUUACCGCCAAUGUUUGCCUAUUUUGUAAUUAACGACGAUCAUGAAAGGCUGUGUUUGUAAUGCGGCACGUAAUGUGACUCGUCUCCAUGCUUUUUAUGCUAAAGAAUAUCACAAGGGAAAGAUUGUGUAAUUUGCAGACAGCAGCACUAUUGACCAUUAUUUAUUACAUACAUGUAUAAAAUAAAGUGCAAUAAUCACUCAAA